AUGUUUUCCACCUUCUCCGCCAAUUUGGAUAUCACAGAUGGCCCCCGAGAGAAGUCCGCGACUCCUGUCGCCGCUCCGCGACCGAAACGGAGUCAGGUCGCCAGGGCUUGCGAUUGGUGUCGUGUAAAUCGAAUCAAAUGUGAUGACAAGCAGCCGUGCCAGAACUGUGAGAAUCGAGGUGGCCAUUGCAGUAACACCAAACUGUUGGAGGCGACGUCACUGCCUGCCGCAAACCGGUAUGGACUCAUUCCUACUGCAUCAGGUCUCCAGAAUGGAUUAGUCAUCCGCCGAAUUCAGGCUCGCAUUACUAAUGAUGUGUGUGGUGACAGAGAAAUCCAACGCUUGCGAAACAAAGUCAAAGACCUUCAAGAGCAGAUCAGGGCAGCCAAAGAGGAAGCGGAAAUUCGGGCGCAGGCACACGCUCAAAUCCAGGCACCAACUGGAUACGCGACUCCGCCACUAUCGGAUGCAGUCAAUAGCUCGUUCAGCUAUGCCGAACUGCUCUCAAAUACCAAGGAAGGAUGGCAGGGGAAACCACAGGGGGGUCUCUACUACGGUCCUAUGUCUUCGACGUAUUUUGUUACUCGAAUCACUCGCUAUCUCUCCCAGGUGCUGAACCAGCCGUUGAUGGAUACGAAGAUAGAGGCAUGCGUGGCACGCUUUGACUACAGGACCCCUUCACACCGACCUUCUCGUUCGGAUGCCGGCCGGGUCAGUGCGGAGAGUUAUCCUGACGGUGCAGACGAUACGGAAGACCUAACCCGCUCUCAGGAAGAAUACUUUCUCAAUCUACUCUGGCAGUCCUUCCACUGCGUAUAUCCUAUUCUCUCUGAAGCGGAUUUUCGCAAAUAUUAUGAGUUGUUGUGGUCCAAUACUUCACCUGAUGGGACUGCGACCCGCAAGCCAUCGCCACUAGUCGAUGUUCUCCUUGCUGUGUGCAUGCAGUACGGCAGCACUUUCCUCAUCCGUGACAAUGAUGGCCACGGAACCAAGGACACGUCCUAUUCUGAAAACUCCAACAUGGCUGGUCAUUCAUUCUAUCAAAGGGCGCAGAGACUCCUGCAGAGUGAGCUGGAGCACCCAUCCGUCUUGGUCUUGCAGAGUCAUCUCUAUUCGGUCAUUUACUUGUACAAUGUGUCCCUCCUGAAUACUGCCCAUAUCCACCUAGGCAUGACGCUGCGGAUUGCCCACACUCUGCGACUGCAUCUCCAGCCCUUGGAUGGGACGCCCCCUGAGGAGCAGGAGCUUCACCGUAACAUCUGGUGGACCCUUUACCGCCUUGAUAGCCAGCUCUCGAUGACCUUGGGACGGCCUCCGCUGAUCCAAACCUCCCAAGUCAGCUGUGGUCUUCCACGAGAUGAUCGAGAGCAUAUCCGCAUGUCUGGCACCAUGCUCCUCUCAGGUCAUGAAGACAUCAGCUGCAUCAGCUUUCAUGUCCAAUGCAUCAAGCUCAUAUUUGCCGUCCAGGGCGUUCAGGCCGCCUUCCAGCGGAAAUGCUCUCAAUUAUUGAGCGGGGAUGAGGUCCAAGAUAUCUAUGACAACCCCCGCAUAAGCGAAGCAUUGGCCGAGUUCCUCGGCCAUGAGAUGACGGCGGUUCAUAAAUGGGUUCAGAAUGUCCCUCGGUCGCUCAGGAAUGCCCGCAAAGGAACUAGGGAGGCCUUUUCAACUGAACGGGCGGCUUUGAACUUGGAUCUAUAUAGUCCUCUCUGGCUCCAGCGCCAACGACUUCUCCUGGAACUUCUCUAUCACCAUCUCCUGAUUUCGACUUUCCGUCCCUUCCUCAGAUUUCCUCCUGUGGCUUCGUCUCUGACCCCUCUUGCCGACAACCAUAACAUCACCUGUCUGAAUCAUGCUAUGGCUAUCACCAGUAUCCUACACCAAGUCCUGUCCGAAACCGACGUCCUGCGCGGAUGGUCGCCAGUAUUCCAGUACCAGUGGGAUGCCAUCCUGUGUACGCUAGGGUUUGUGCUCGCCAAUCCGGUCUGUCCGCCAACGCCAUCCGCCCGCAAGUCCCUGCAGACAGCCAUUCGUACUUUAGAACUUGUCGGGGAUCACUUUCCCGCCGCCAUGAAUGCGGCACAGGUUGUCCGCGAAGUAAAUUGCCGCGCGGAUCGGCUCAUCGACGGCUUCCGUCAAAGCCUGACCCGGAGGCAAGGGCAGCGUUCUAGCCCAUCCUCAAUAGCGCAGAACUUGACCCCUCCUGAGUCUCAGGUCCAAUUUCCCAGCACGAACCAAACCCCUUCCGCUCCGGCCCUUUCGGAAUCUCUUCCGCCGUCUUCCCUGCAGUUGGCGCGCAAUCGGUCGAUUCAGCACAUGCCAUCGCUGGAGAUGACCUCAUCGACAUCUCCAACUGAGUUGUCACCGCGUUUGGUGACUACCACGGAGAGUCACUCUGCUCAUCUUUCUACCACAGUGCCAGUGGACGUGAUAUCCAGCAGUGAAGUGCAUUGGAUGCAAGCUAACGCUAUGAUCCUUGAUUCAUGGACUGACUUCACGUCUGAUCUGUAA